ACGACCUGCUCACAACUUUCAUCUGCUUCCGGUUCCCUUGGUCUGACCUCUCAUAUCCUACAACCAUUUGCAAUACAUACAUACAUGGCCGAGAUUUCCUCUGAGAAUCAUGCUCAAUCGCUCGCUCCUCUUCCGGCUCUUCCUCCUGAGGUCUUCCAACAUAUUCUGGGCGAAUAUGACCCGAGUUGGGACUCGCACUCUACCCUUCGCACACGGGAUCUCAUGAGUCUAUGUCUUGUCAACAAAACAUGGCAACUCAUGGCGGAACGUGAACUCUACCGAACCGUCACCGUCUGCUGUCACGAGAAACUCAUGACGCGGGGUCUCCGCGAAGGAAAGUUCGGGGCUUUGGAGAGGGUGGGCAGAGCCUUGCUCUUGACCGAGGACGGACCUCGAAGACGAGGAUACGUCCGAGAAAUCAGGCUCAGAAAUCUGGGUCGUGAACUAUUCAAUGAAUGGAGUCCGUCUUUCAAGAACUCUUAUCUGUCCCUCACCAAGACAAUCUUAUCGUCUCUCCCGAACCUGGAGCGCCUCGGCAUCGGCAUCUUACCCUCAGCCCAAGAUGAAUCCAGCUUUUACGAUCACUUCAGCGAUCCUGCAAUCAAACUUCUUCUAUCCGACCCCCCUCUCGACACCAUCUCUAACCUCAAAGCGUGCAACAUAAGUACCGACAUUGUACACAAUCAAACUGUUUCGGCUUUUCUAAACCAAAACUCACGCCUCCGUUCCGUCGAAAUUACUCAUAUGUUCGGGCCCAACAUCGCAUGUGACAUCGUCUGCAUCGGCGAACAUAUGACUGUCGCCUUACCCGACCUUGCAAAGUUUGCGGCUCCUUCGAGCUUCUUCCAGCACGUAUCCCGUCAUCCCACAGACACCCAACUAUCUACCUCUGCAUCGUCUUCAGUUGGUAUCAAGGCACCGGCAUUGAGAGAAGUGGGCAUCACCUGGCAGAAUUUACAACUUCCUAUAGAGCCCGUCCUUGCGUCGCUGGAUGCCUCCCGGGAGAGCCUUCGCUCCUUAACGUGUCGCAGGCCUGGAUCAAACGCAGAUUUGCUCGAAGCGCUCGCUGGUCGGUUCAAGAACUUGAGACUGUUGAAGAUAGAUAGUUUUGGAGGGUCCGAUGGGCAGGCUAGUGCGCCGGAGGACGUUACCAAGCACAACGUCAAGCGAGCUGCAGUUGCAUUAGCCACCGGUUUCCCCGCGCUCGAAGACCUCCACUAUAGCAAUCACUCUUUCUUCUGUAAAGACCACAAUAGUCGUCUACAGGGCCCAAGUGCCGAUCGCCCUUCAAGGUGUCAAGCCGCCAGUCGCAUUAUCCUCAAGGAAUUUAUGAGAGCAAAUGUGACGCCGAAACGUUGCUCAUUGUUUGGGACUGAAUACAGACGCGGCGAGGAUGGGAAGUGGAGAAAACUCAAGUAGAUGGUGAUUGUGCUCGGACAGCAGUGUCGUGGAGAGAGAAGAUCAUAGCUUACGCAAGGUCCACAUCGACGUCUCAUUUCUUGGAUUAUCUGGUGCAUCAUAAUGUCUGCAAGCAUGGCUUAGCAUUUCGUCUAUACUCUAAUAUUAC